AACCGGAAGUAAUACGGUAGAGAGAUUUCCGCGAAGGUAAUUCACUUUAAAUGAAAAGUAAAUUCCAUGAAUUGACGUCUACGAUCGGGGAGAUCUGUGACCAUGUUAUUAACCCAAAAGUGGCAAAAGAAAAUUAACCACGAUUUACGUUCCUUGUAUUGUUGAUGUAAGAUAACCAGUAACCACGGAAACGUGAAUAACCAAUCAAGAUGAGAGUACAGUGUUGUAUUUGUUCGUAUUUAUUGGAGAAUAAAGAUGGCGUUAAUAUAGCAGCGACACCUUGUGGUCAUACAUUUCACGAGGCUUGUUUGAUGCCCUGGAUAGAGAGGUCAGGAACAUGUCCAAGCUGUCGGAAAGUAUGUACCAGACCAGAUGUCAUUCCUAAAUUAUAUUUUGAUGAUGGUGAAAUGGACGCAACCGGAGACGACAACCAAACAAAUCAACUUCUUAAAGAAAUAUCUACUUUAAAAAUGAAACUACAGCAGACAAAAAUUGUAUUAAACAACCAGAUAUCGGUUGCGAAUAAAAAAUUUGCUAACCAGGCCAGCAUGUUGAAGAAGAAGGUUCAGAAUAAAGAAAGCCUUUUAGUGAAUAAAAUUCAAGAACUGAGAACAAAACUAUUAGACAUUGAGGAAGAGAAAAUUAAACUGACUGGUCUGAUCAUGGCGAAAGAAGAUUUAGAAAAAUUGUUAGCCGAGGAAAAAAGUAAAAAUUUGAUAUUGAAAAAGCAAGUAUCGACAGUCGCAGAAUGUUCUAAAAAGAUGAUCUGUGAUUUGAAGGCUAAAAUGCUACCGCGAGAGAAAGCUUUUAAUGUCCAGAAAAAAAAAUAUAAUCAAGUAUUGAAAGACAAAAACAUCCUUUUAGAAACAACAAAUUCUCUCCAAAAUAGGUUGAAAGACAUACGGUAUGAAAGAGACGGUUUAUAUCAACGACUAAAAUACGAGAAAUAUAUGACAGCGGAAUUAAAAAAACAGAUAUCCAAGUUGAAGGAGGAGCCGAAUAAUCUGAGCAGUAAAGUUGCCGCGUAUAAAGUACAGUUUAGGAAACGAGAAGUGGCUUUGAUUCACAAGAUUCGAACAGCAGAUUCUGAGAUAGCUAAACUUCGCAGCAGGCGUUUGGAGAUCAAGAAUGAAGAAGUUGAUGAAUUAAAGAUACAAUUAUUAAAUUCAGAGGAGAAACUAAAGAUGAAGUCCGAUCAGACAGUGAAACUAAUGAGAAUAGUGAAACAAGGACAAGAAAUAUUUGGUCAUAUACAAACAGAAAAUACAGAGACAUCAGAUAAUAGUCGAUCUUUCAAAAGAAAGAGAAGGAAGAUAUGAAAUAAAACAUGGCUGAGAUAUGAUAAUUAUAUGUAAAUUAUAUGCUCUAGACAUACCUUGGUCCAUUGGGUUCCAAUUUCAUGAUUUUUUUUUUUUUUUAGAUAAGUUUAUAUCAUUUAAUUUCCACAUACUGUAUAACUUACGAUUUGUAUUUUAUUUAUUUUACAGUUAAUCGAUGUUCAUCCCAACUGAUUGUUUAAGUACAGAAUAGUUUUCUAUUAUAGAACUUUUUAGUCUUCUUUUGUAUAUCAUCAUUUAGUGAUUAAAAUUAUUAGAAGUUGACUGAAUUGUGUACUGUUAAACUUUCACGUUUUUAUUGGAAUCGUAUUGGCAAACGCCUACUCAUUAUAAUUAACAAAUUUAGUUUACUGUGCCAGACAGUAUGGAUAGUGAGAUUGCAGCUAUUGUUAUGGAUGAAAAUAAAGAGACAUCAGAUAAUGGUGAAGGACAGAAUGGGGCUCAACAGAUUAUGGAUGAAGAACCGCGCUUGUUAAGUCGUGAGACAGUUGACUCACAGCGUAGGAUAAUCGUUGAGAAGCUGAAUACUCUGACACAAGAUUUGAAAUCUUUAAUGUCCAGUGACGUAGAAUCUGAACGUGUCAGAGUAGAUUAUAAGUGUUGGUUGAACUGCUACGAGGAAUUUCAACUUGUGCAUAGCGACUUUUUCAAACUGUUAAAUGAACAGGAACUUCACGAAUAUUUGGAAUCGGAAUAUAAAAUAUUCGAUGAAAGAGUUUGUAGUUUUCGUCAGCUCGUUGAAGAGUGGUUUCAACAACACAGGGAUGUAUAUGUAACUCCUAACGACAGUGUUUCACGCACUAGCAGAAGAUCAUCACAUCGUUCAAAUACAAGUAAGAUGUCUAAUUUGUCUGCAGUUCGAAUAAAACAGGAACAAGAAAACGUUGAAUUAAUAGAACGGCGGAGACUUUUGGAGAAAAAGCAGAAGUUAGAAAUGGAAAAAUUGGAGAUGAAAUUACGGGAAGAACAGGAAAAUCACGAAAGGAAAUUACGCCAAGAAAAGGAGAAUUUGGAAAUAAAAUUGCGAGAGGAACAAAUGGAAAUGGAUUUCAAGAUGGCAGUCGCCGAUGCUAAAACCAGAGUUCUAAAUCAAGAAUACAGAACAGUGAGUGAAGCCAGCUGUUCUACCAAUCGAUCAAACAGUAACGGAAACCAAAAGGCGUGUCCCGAAAACAGACCAGCCGAAACUGAAGGGUACAAUUCAAAUUUUGUAGAAUCUUCAUCAGUUAAUCGUGAACAUAUGAACCCUUCGAAUGACAUUUAUUGUAAUCGUGUGUAUUUACAUGUACCCCAUUUGCCGAUAGUAAAGUAUAUGUGCCUCCACAAAAUCAAAAGGAUGAAUUAAACAAUCCCAAUUCCAGUGCAUCGCAUCAAUUCGAAGAACUUGUACAUUCUAUGAAGAGGCCAACAAUGGAGAUAAAGAAAUUUGGAGGUAACCCUAUUGAAUUCCAUUAAUUUUUGAGACAAUUUAAUUCUUCUGUAAUAAGUCAUACUAGUAAUUUUGAUGAUAUAUUGAACUAUCUAGAACAUUAUACGUAUGGCCCUCCAAAUAAAAUAGUUUCUGGUUAUAGCUUUUUGUUGCCGGAAGCUGGCUAUAAGUCCGCUAUGAAAGAACUUUCUGAAAGAUAUGGGCAGUCCGAAACUAUUGCGUCAGCCUUUAUAAAGAAGGCACUUGAAUGGCCUCCCAUUAAAGCGGACUCUCCUAAAUCCUUGGAUGAUUUUAGUAUUUUCUUGUCGGAAUGUAACCAUGCUGUUGAUAACAUUGAUUCACUUAGGACAUUAGACUAUCCAGAGAAUAUAAAGAGUCUAAUCAAAAAAACUGCCAUUUUAUAUGCAUGAUCGGUGGCGUAGUAUUGUUACAGAUAUAAAGGAUCGCGGUGAUCCAGUAUCCUUCAAACAUUUAGUGAAUUUCGUAAAGAAGGAGUCUCGUAAGCUAACAGAUCCGAUCUAUGGCAAGGAAGCUAUGUCCAGUCAAUCAAUUCAUAGCAAUGGAGUAACGAAACAGUUUCCAAAGAAAGCAUUUUCAACUGAUCUUAAGGCUGCAAGUAAAACCACAAAGUGUCUUUGCUGUGAUGGACCUCAUUGUAAAAAAUUCUCCAAUAUGAAACCUGAGGAGAUGUCAACGUUUGUGCGAAAGGAAAGAUUGUGUUUCGGAUGCCUAAGGCAUGGCCAUCAAAGAGUAAGGUGUUGGAAGAAACUGAUCUGUACUCAUUGCAAUGGGAAACACCCAACCGUUCUCCAUGACAAGUUUUCCUACACAGAGGAAUGUCCAAGUAAAAUUCCAGUUUUAGAUGAUGAACCGCCAAACUCAGAAACUAAGGUCAAGUCUUGUGGUGUAAUGGAGGCCGGAGAACACCAAAUAUGCACUAUGCCUAUUACUCCAAUUCAAAUAGGUGUGGGUUUGAAGAUGAUAAAGACAUACGCUUUUCACGAUCCAGGGAGUAGUGUAUGUUUUAUUACUAAUAAUUUGUUACACCAAUUAGGUCUUGAAGGAAAGGUAACAAAAAUUACCAUUGACACAAUGGGAAGCAGUAAAUCUGUUACAUCCAAAAUGGUACAUGGUUUACAGGCCUACAGCAUCAACCUCGAUGAUUCAAUUAAGCUUCCUGUGUGUUAUUCAACUGAUAAGAUCCCAGUCGGUAAAGGUCAUAUUCCCACGACAGAUGACGUUUGUAUGUACUCUCACCUAAGCGACAUCGACAUUCCAGAACUGGAUUGUGAGGUUGGAUUGCUUAUAGGAAAUAACGUCCCCGAAGCCUUUGCUCCGAAAGUUAUUAGAACCGGUCCUCGGGGAACACCCCAUGCAUCUAAAACAGCUCUUGGGUGGAUAUUGUGGAAUGUUACGAGAGAGACUAACUGCAUAGUCAAUAGUAGAAUCGCUGUCAAUCAGGUAUUGGUAAACUCAAUAAUGGAAAUGGCGAAGUUAAAUGAACUAGAGAAGAUUAUUAAAAGGACAAUCAAUGUUGACUUUCCUGAAGGUGCUAUUGAUGACCGUAAAGAAAAUUCUGUCUUGGACGAAACUUUCCUUAAGAAGGCGAAAAAUUCUACGAAAUUGCUGGAAUGUGGUCAUUACGAGAUCGGACUUCCUUUUACGUCAGAUAACCUAAUAAUGCCAAGGAACUUAAAUAUGGCGCGCAGUAGAUUAAAUAGUCUUCGGAGAAAAAUGGAUCGUGAUGCAAGGUUUCAUGGCGAUUAUGUCAAGUUUAUGAAUACUAUUUUAUCAAACCAUUAUGCAGAAGAAGUUCCAGUAGAUGAAAUAAAUACCAAUUUGAAUAAGCUGUGGUUCAUACCCCAUCAUGGUGUAUACCACAAGCAAAAAGACAAGCUGCGAGUAGUGUUCGACUGUUCAGCCAAAAGUGAAGGUGUAUGUCUAAAUGAUAAUCUGUUGUCAGGACCAGAUCUUACCAAUAGUCUACUUGGGGUUUUGAUGCGCUUUCGUUUGGGUAAAAUUGGCGUUAUGGCUGAUAUAGAAGGUAUGUUUCACCAAGUAAAGGUACCUGUGGAAGAUAGGAAUGUGUUACGAUUUCUAUGGUGGCCCGAUGGAAACACGUCUGUAGAACCCAAACAGUAUCGCAUGACAUCUCAUUUAUUUGGAGCCGUAUCGUCACCAAGUUGCGCGAACUUUGCGUUACAGAAAACUGCAUUAGACAAUAAACAUUUAUUUGACGAUGAAGUGGUAAGAACUGUUUUAGAAAACUUUUACGUGGACGACUGUCUUAAAUCUUUGGAUGGUGAAGUCGAGAUGUCUGAACUUAUUUGUAAUGUUGUAAAACUGUGCAAGUUAGGUGGUUUUCGUUUACAUAAGUUUAUUACAAAUAGUAAGGCAAUACUGGACACUAUUCCUGUUACAGAACGUGCUGUUUGCUCUAGUCCCUUGCUUGGCGACGAUGAAUUCACUUUGGAGAGAGCAUUAGGUGUACAUUGGGAUGUGUUUUUGGACUCACUCACAUUUAAGAUAAAUAUCAAGGCAAAACCAGUAACGC